AAACAGUGGACAGUCACGAGGGAGGGAGGGAGGCACAUCGACCACUCUCGCCUGGCCAAGUUUACACAGUUUACACAUCGCCAUAUUGAGGGGGCAGAGUAGCUGUCAUGAAUUAGAGCUUUUUUCUAUCGAUUCACGCCUUCCACGCCUUGCAUAUCAGAUCAAAAUGUCUGCAGGACCAUACAAUUACUCAUAUAUCUUCAAAUAUAUUAUUAUUGGGGACAUGGGCGUAGGAAAAUCAUGUCUCCUUCAUCAGUUUACAGAAAAGAAAUUCAUGGCGGAUUGUCCACACACCAUCGGGGUUGAGUUUGGCACCAGGAUAAUUGAAGUAGCUGGCCAGAAGAUCAAAUUACAGAUAUGGGACACAGCAGGCCAGGAAAGGUUCAGGGCAGUCACCAGGUCCUACUAUCGGGGAGCAGCUGGAGCCCUUAUGGUUUAUGAUAUCACCAGGAGGUCCACCUACAACCACCUGAGUUCCUGGUUGACAGAUGCACGUAACCUCACGAACCCUAACACAGUUAUAUUCCUUAUUGGCAACAAAGCAGAUUUGGAUGCACAGAGAGAUGUUACAUAUGAAGAAGCCAAACAGUUUGCAGAGGAAAAUGGAUUGAUGUUUGUUGAAGCUAGUGCAAAAACAGGUGAAAAUGUAGAAGAAGCUUUCUUGGAGACUGCUAAGAAGAUCUACCAGAAUAUUCAGGAUGGCAGCUUGGACUUGAAUGCUGCUGAAUCUGGGGUCCAGCACAAGCCAACCCAACCAGGCAGAACCAACCUCAGCAAUGACUCACAAUCUAGUCGUGACAACUGUUCCUGCUAAACUGUGGUGACCCUUUACCUCUGUUGUGGUGUGUACUGUUGUGUACUGAACUAAAUUGAUUUUUCUCUUUAUUUAAAAGGACAUUUGAUUUUAUCUUCAAAAGUACCUUUGAUUUAUCUUCAAGAUGUCUUGUGUAGAACUGAGUUAGUGGCAGAGAAAAAAUAUAAUUUUGAAAUUAUUUUUUUCUAAAACUCCUUUAGUACAACUGGUACAACCUUGUGUUUGACACAGUGAGUGUUGAAGAAAGCCUCUAAAGCUCUUCUGAUAAACAUUGAAGAAAGAAAAUAUUUCACUAAUUAGAUUUCACACUGGGUUCAAAGAAAGUGGUUUUGGCAAUCCAGACAUUUUCAAUACUGAACAACAAUUUGACAUAUAUUGCCUUUCUUCAGAAGUGAUGAUUUAAGUAACCACUUAGUGCCAUAAAAUGGCUGAACAAAAAUGGGCUGCAGGUCAGACAAGAUUUCAAAAGUAAAAAAGGAAAGAAAAUGCAGAUUUAGGGAAAAGUUAACAAAAUCUACUCAUUAAAUAUAUUAAUCACACUUUCAACUAAACAAUAAUUUAAUAUAUAUAUAUAUAUAUAUAUAUAUAUAUAUAUAUAUAUAUAUAUAUAUAUAUAUAUAUAUAUAUAUAUAUAUAUAUAUAUAUAUAUAUAUUAUAGAGGUUUCUGUACCACCAGUCUUGAAAAGGUAAGUUUUUGCAGUGUAUUUGUGUGUAUUUAUUUUGUGCACACCAGAUAUACUUGUAUAGAGAAUACAUACAUAUAUUACUAUGUUCAUAUCUUACUAGCCUUUAUUAUAUUUAUUGUGGGGUUUUGGCAGAGCUGUAAUAUUUGCAGGAUUGCAACAAUAUUUGCCAUGUAUGACAGCAUUCAUAUGUUUCAUGUGACAAUGAUGGACACCCCCAUGUCAUAACCCCCUUGUAAAUAACCUUGUUUAGUCACUCUCUGACUUGACUGUAUUAUAGUUCAAUGUGACAUUGCUGAGAGAAACCACAUCAGUGAUCCAUGUAUAAGAAUCUUUAUAGAGACUCAUGCACAUACACUUCCUUAAUGUUAAAAAUGAAUGUUGGAAAUAUAUAAACUUUUUUUUUUAUAUGCAGUCACAGUACCAUGUCUUCUAUAUUAUACUGCAUUUUGUUAUCACAUUGAAUGCAGUGUGAUUGUUUACAUGAUGUAUGCAGUCCAAGGCAGGUGGCCUGAGCUUAACCUUUACCAUAGGCAAGCUGGUGAUGGAGACUCACUCCAAACCUUUUUUUUUUCCUCUGGUCCUCCAUGCCACCUGGACACAUUACAGAAGUACAUAAAAUACAUCAACCUUGUGCUGCGUUCCUUUGCUAUUUUUAUUGAUAUGUGCAUAACAACCUUGUCUAGAAAGGAAUGUAGUAAAUUUUUGUCAUGGGCAGCUUAAUGUUAAUUGCGUUCAGAUUCUGGUUCCAUCUUGUGAAUGGAAUUAUACUGAUGAGUAACACUCCAUGUGUAUAUUUGAUUAAUUAACUUUUUUUUAUUUUUUAAGUAAAUGGUGUUAGUUUUUUUUUCUUUUUUUUCUAAGAAACAAUAUUAUACAGAUGUUUUUUAAUGACUAAGGAAAUGUGCUGAAAGGUACAGUCACCUAUAUAGAGUAUUGUCACAGUUUUCAGAAAGUUUGGCCUGGUGGUUAUACAAGCAUUCAUUGGUGAUUGUAGUAGUGUUUUCAAUGUGCAUACAUGUGUGUAUUCUUUGAAAUAUUCUAUUAUGAUAUUACUAAAUAUAGUAUAGUAUAUUAUCUUAAAACACUUGAUAGGUGAUAAAUGAACAUUGCAACACAUUCAGUACAGAAUACCCACCAAAAACAUGCCAGACAACUACCUACUUCAGCCUAGUAUAACAAGACGUUUCUUGAGUUGAUGGUCUGUUACACAUAUUAGUUGAUAGCACUUGUGAUCAAGCAUCUAAUGGUAUGUGUUCAGUCUCUCUAAGAUCACUUUUUUUUAAUGGGUUAAAAUUCCUGAAUACUGAUUGAAUCUUUAUGAAAUACUAUAAAGCAUUUGCACAUGUUAAGUGCCAAUUUAGAUAUGACAUUCAGCUAUAUACAUAUAAAGAAUACAUGACUCAUACCAAUUUCAACAGAACCUGCUGAGUGGUUGUGGAGAAGCCAUAUGUGAGACACCUUUCCACUUUUUGUAAGUUACCCACCAACUCCAGAAGUGAUGGAACUUCUAUCACAUAAAACUAAAUGAGUUGUGCUAUUACAUAGUAUGAAUAUUAUUGUGAUCAGCCUCGUAGUGCCGGAGAUAUAAACCAGUUAUUGUGGGAUGGGCCUCCCACAUUAAAGAUGCCCUCCACCUGAACAUAACUUAUGUCCACUCUCCACAUAUUAAUUUAAGUAUAAUCAUAUAAAGCAAUUCUAGAACUGUGAUUAUGAAUGUUUAACUGAAGUCUAACCAAAUAGUCAGACUGACUUUUACCAAAGUCCCCAGAAAUGAGAGCCAGACAAACAUUUAUCUAUCUUUAUUUAUAUGAUUCAUCAAGUGUUUAUACACUAAUCAUAUAAUAACUGCAAAGUAAUUAUUAUCAUAUAUUAUAUUAUAUUAUCAUAAUAUACAAUUAUAAGAAUAGAAUAUAUAGUAAUAUAUCAUACCUCAACAGCUGAGCUUCACAUUUGAUGAUGUGAUCAAGUGAAUGUUUGUGUUGGUCACAUUUGCACUUUUUUGUAAUAAAUUAAAUGUUUUUUGUCUUAGAAAUGUUUGCUUUUUAUUGUCUUGGACUUUGCCAAAUAAUCAUUGCACAUUUCAUAACAUUCAAUUGUACUAAGAACAGCUUAGUAUUGUUCUUGACUAAAACUCAAAGAAAGGAUGAAUUCUGUGUCAGAAAGUUUUGACAGGGCUUAAGGAAUACAUUAUUCUUAAAGUGUUAUGAUCAUCAACAAAUUAUAAAUUUCUGUCUUUAAAUUCAAAUAAAGUCUAUCUGUAAUAACAGUCACAGCAGCAGUAUUAUUUUAAUAAAUUGUGAUGAAGGGCUGCUGUAACAUAGGAUGCAGAAUGAAACUUAUUGGAUGGAGUGACAACACUUUGUAUAGGUGAUUGUAUGUAAUAAUCAAGUCUUUAACAUGAAUGCAAAUGAAUUUUAGAUUUUCAUAAUUCUGAGUUUUCUACAGUUUUGGCCAAAACUAAUUACCUUAACCUCUCAGAAUGAGACAUAAUUAAUUGAGUUCAAUUUUUAUCAUAGGAAUAUAUUCUCAUGUAUUUGUAUCCCAUUGUGAAAUGUGUUUGCCUCUUUUUACAGGUAAAUUGUUGCUUCCCAGGGAAGCAAGGAGCCAGUGACACAUUGUAUGGGUGUUUGAUAAGUAAUUAACUAUAAUUAUUAAUUGCUUUCUGCUUAUGAAUGACAGGUGAUAUCUGAAUGAAAAUGGAGUGUCCUAUAACUUAUAAUUGAAUUUUAUAUCAACUAUGUGAAGAACACAGAAAUUAACAGUGUGAAAGUUAAGGCAUAUUGGAUGCAGGAUGUGUUGAGAAUGUUUGUUCAUUUUGUGGAUGUGAGUAGUGUUCAUAUCUGGAUUGUUCUGUGUCUUGAGUAACUGAUAUCUUUAAAGGCUGGAAAAAUAUCUCAGAUGUAUUGCAACUUCAACCCUUUCAAUACUUUAUGAUGUUUAAGAUAUACUAAAAUGAGUCUGUCUUUUUGAGGAAGGUAGGAAAGAGCACUAAAAGUUUGAAAUGACACUUGUAACCUCACCAGUCUUAUUCAUAGGAUCCCCAAAUUUUAUAUUUAUACCUUUGGGUUAUGUGAAUUGGUUCUAAUACCUUCACUGCAUUUGAAGUGACAUAUUAAUAUGCUGAGGCACCAGCACAUAGUAGUAGCAUCCUUUUUCUUUUUAUAUUUUUUCUGAAGGAGCAAAUUCUUUUUACACAUUGGAAAAAAAUGAGGGAAAAUAUAGCAACCUAUUCAAAUUUCUAAGAACUGCAAUGUUGUGAGACAUAUUUCAUGUAUUGACUCAUAGUGUGUAAUCUGUGAAAGAAAAUUCAUGUGCAUGACCUGAUAGGACAUGAAAUAGGAAUACUUGGGAGGUGUCUGUUAGAUUCUUUGCUGUGAUGACCUGUAAGAUCACUGCAAGUACUCAUAAUCAGGGCAGUGUGAAAGAUGCCUCAACUUGGCAUAUAUGAGAUACAUAGAUUAUAGAGAACAGUUUGUCUACAGGCUUGAUUUUUAUAUGCAUUAUUGCUGGAUUUUAUUAGUGUUGUAUUGCAUACAGAUUACUACAUAUGAAUUUGAUGUAUAUAGUCGUGCUAUAAGAAAAUAUUUUAUUAUUUUAUUUCCAUAGUUUGGCUAUUCACCACUAAUUGCAUAAUUAUGUCCUCAUUUGUUAUAUAAAUAUUCAGUUUGUUUCCAAGUCAUUAUGGCAUUCAUGGAGAUAGUUUCACUGAAGACAACAUACACAAGGAACAUUGUAGUACUGUAGCCUUCAUAAGGAUAGAAGCACUUUUCUGAAGGACUUUCUCUUUCUUACAUGAAAGGCCUUAGUAGUUGGUCAUACCAGAAUCACAAGUGAAAUGUGAUUUAACUUUCUUUUUUAUCAUCUUUCUCUAUGACAAUGUAGCACUGUCUGAGCCUCAACAUCUGCCAUUUUCUUGAUUUCAGAUAACUUUUCUACCAUGUAAUAAUGAUGUAUUUGUUUGUUGGUAGUGUAAUGAUGUGGAAACCUCUAGUUUGGAUCUGACAGUAGAUUCUAGUUGGGUAUAAUUCCAGAUUUUGAGGAUUAUUAUGCAAUCAAAUUUUAGUUUUAACAGUAAUAACUGAGUCAAUGGCAUACAGAAACAACUCAAGUUAAGUUUUAAAAGUGAAAAGUUGUGACGUAAUGGCAUGUUUCAUGUUUCAAUAUGCAACAUAUUAUGAUUUUUUUUUUUUUUUGACCAGUAUUGCAAUGUUAUUUUGAAGCUUUAAUUUAGCAUGAAUUAUUUACUUUUAUUUAUUUAUUUAUUUUUCUUGACCUAAAGAGUAUAUGCUCAUAUAUAUAUAUAAUAUAUAUAUAUAUAUAUAUAUAUAUAUAUAUAUAUAUAUAUAUAUAUAUAUAUAUAUAUAUAUAUAUAUUCUAACAAUGAACAGGUGCAUACUUAUUGACUAAUAUUGCAAUAUUAUUUGAAUUUUUAUUUUAAUGAUGGAUUGUUUAUUUUGAGCAUUUUAUUUUUUUUUAAAUCAGCUUUCCUCCACCUAGUGCUGUGAAAUGGAGGAGAGUGUGGUGAAUGUGAUGAACCAUAAUAUGUCUUGUGUACCUCCCUGCUGGGGCUGCUGCCUUGCUGCCAUAAGGGCUGGUGUGGGCCUUCUUGCUCAUGUUGCUUGAGAGUGCAGACUAACAGCUGUUUGAAUGAUGUUUUCAUAAAUUAGUGACUUCUAUACCCAAGUGUUUGCAUAAAGACAAUAAGUAUCAGAUCUUAUUUAAUAACAUUUUUAUAGAACUGGUGCUAGAUCAUUCUUUGUAUAACUUAUUCCAUCUUCAGUAUGCUUUUCCCUUUUAUGUUUGUAUGCGAGAGAGAGAGAGAGAGAGAGAGAGAGAGAGAGAGAGAGAGAGAGAGAGAGAGAGAGAGAGAGAGAGAGAGAGAGAGAGAGAGAGAGAGAGAGAGAGAGAGAGAAGGUGUGUGUAUGUGUGUGUGUGUGUGUGUGUUUGCAUGCAUCUUGGCAUGUGUGUGUAGUGCAGUUGUUAGAAAGAUUCCUGGUCUUUCUAUAUUUAUUACUAAAAUUUCUAUUUAUUUCCUUAAACAGUUAUAACUUGUUAAGGGAUUAAUAAAGAGCAGAACCGUGUUAUGGUCAGAGACAUAGUAAGAAUCUUGAUCUUUACAUGCUGCUGUCAGUAACAUUUGUAUUUGAGCAAGAACUGUGAUAUGCUAAUUCUUCUGAGGCAGAAGUAGUGGUAAGCUGGCAGGAGCAUGCAAUACACAGCUGGACUAAAUCCUCAAGAGUCAUUCCUACUACAUAUUUUGUGUAAUUAUGUUUGGUAAAGGGAUUAUCAGUGUCAUAUUUAUAAAUUCAUAAGUUUAAAGCUGCAAGCUUAUUUGUUAUGUAUCUUCAUCUAGAAAUGUCUUGUAUAUUUGUAUUAUAUGACAUUGAUUUUGCUUGGGGAGUAUUUGCAUAAUAUAAUUUUGGACCAGGAUUUUAUGUAUAUUCAAAACAAUUUUGUUAAUUCAGUUUUAUCAUAUCCUGUAACUAAACCAAUGCAUUUUUAUAUGAGCAUAUAGUGGAAAGUAAACCUUUAUUCUAGUUUUGAACUUAUCUACUCUGCCACAAGCUCCCUGUUCUCAUGUUAUCUUUAAAAUUCUUGAAAGUCAUAUGCAUUUCCUGGUUAGUAAUUAUUCUUUUACUCAAAGUGCAAAGCAAGAGGUCAGUGCACAGUAUGAACAUAUUUUUUUUCCUUGUGCUGUUUACAUACUGGCCUCUUCAUGCUAAGUAGCUUGGUUGCUUCCUGAGAUCAUCUGUCUUGGCAGUCCUUGAAGCUUCAGUGUUGUUUAUUUUGUAUAGAUUUUCAUGUUUCAUGCAUAUUUCUGAGAAAGUAAUGAUUAUGUGACCCAUAGUUUUUGGUGAUUCUAAUUUUUUGUUGGACAGCAUGUGUCUUGAACUUAUAUUUAACAAAAAUGGCCAACCAAAGUUGACCAAAUCUAUGACUGGAAACCUGCCUGAAGGGGAGCAGCCACUGCCACAGGUGACUUCUUUGCAAGAAAGAAAAUCGUAGAUAUGCACAUGGCAUCUGGCAUUAACUUGACAGUAUUCAGAAAUUAGAACUUGUAAUCAAUCUGUACUCUGUACCAUUCCCUCACUAUGGUACUCACAAAGUCUUUGCCUGUUCUGUAAAGAUUUGCAGUUUCAUGAAAUGCUUCUGGAUACUGUAUAUGGGUACUUGCAACCCAUCCUCAGCUCAGUCAGUCUGUGGGCCAUAAGAUUUCUCUGUGAGUUUGUAGCUCCCAAUAGAGAUCCAGACAUAACUGUACAUUGUUAUUUUCUGCCUCCAUGGCACUCCUUGGCAGGUCAUCACAUUUUUGAAAGUGGGAAAACCUUUGGAAGUCAAGGAAGGCAGAAAAUAAGGAUGUCUUUUUGAAGUGGUGACUCAUGCUUCUUACUGGUGUAGAAGGAACAUAGUGUGAAAUAAUACAGUUCAUGACUUAAUAGCCCUUUAGCUUUAUACAGUAAGAAAAAAUAUCAUGAAUUCUUGGAGAUAUAUAAAGAAUAGUGGGAGUCACAUUAUGCUACAUUAAAAAUUCAUCACAGUAAGAAAUUAACAAAAUCUAACCCAUGUCAGUAUUUCAAAAUGGCUUUUGUCACUCACAAGUACUCAUUUCUUUGCAAAUUACACUCUGACUUCAGUAAAGCAGAAGCAGAAAUUGAAGAAAAAGUACCAGAAAUAAACUUUUUUUAAUUGGUUCUCUAAUAAUGAUGGUAUGCAACUUUCUUAAGAUGUAUUUAAUUUUAAACCUGAGACAAAAUUUAUAAAUUAGAGAAAAAAUUAGAAUUGCAGUACAUAUAAAUAUAAAGAGAACAAUAAGGAAACUUUUCAUAUAGUUUAUUUAAAAAAUACAAAUGUGUACUUUAAAAUGAAGAUCCUUAAAAUUCAAGGUGAAAGAUGUAAAAAUGGGGAGCAAGAGUAACAAAAUUUAAACAUUAUACAAAUUAAAAUGUCACUAUCUUGAUCUCACACACACAAAAAAAGUCAAGGCAACAGAUUUAAACAUUUACAAAAAUAUAUUAACAAAUUAAUAAAUAAAUAAGAUUACCAACAUGGCGUCCUCUCCCCUGAAGGUGAGUUACUGUCGUACGUCUGGUGAGUCGCGUGGCUAAAACCAUCCACUCGGGGUGGCAUUGUGAUCCACAAGUUACGAGUCUCAUCUAGAACAUUUAUUUAUUGUUUGUUCUACAAACUGUACAAGAGGGAUCUCUUUUAUAUACAGUUCUUCAAUUAUUCAUGCCCUGAACAAGAAUAUAUUUCUCCAUGAAGACUGAUUAGUUUCUUUUUAUUAAGUGACUAUUUUCCUGUUUACAUUUGCAAACUCAGCUCAUCAUUACAAUAUAGUAUCCACCUUGGAUCUGUCAUUUUGCUGUUGUAUGUUCUGUUUCCCAAAUAUCUGCAUGCAUCUGUUAAUAAUGACUUCAGAAUUUUAAGCAAGUCGUUCCUCUUCCAUUAAUCAGUUGCUAAGGGAAGACAUAUGACUGCAUACUUUAUCAAAUCAGAGCAAUGGCUUACCUUUCAUUUCAGAUACAAACACGAAACUGAGAUAAGCUUAUGUUGUUGUCUAUAGUGUAAGAUUUGUGUACAAAAAAAAAAAUAGAAUGAUAGUAAUAAAUUUGUACAAGUGUAAA